AUGGACAUGCUAUCGUCAAGAUCCUACCUGGAACUGUCCCAAGAACAAGAAAUAGCAAUAAACACCAGGGAAAGCCGACCCCGAAAGAGACCCAAACCACCGGAGAUCCCCGACCAAGUGACCGACAGAGACUCGGCCACUCCGGAUCGUCCCGUGCGGAAAAGAGGCCGACCGAGAUUAGAGGCCAAAGAUGCCAGUGCCAUCGAGGAACGCCGCCUGCAGAUUCGACGGGCACAACGCACCUAUCGUCUCAAAAAGGAGAGUACUAUACAGACUCUCCGAUCUCGCGUCGAUGUACUAGAGCAGACACUAGAGAAUGUAUCAGACCUUCUAGACGGAGUCCAUCACGAUGCAGUCGCUCACCUCAACGACGAUCCAACUGUUCAGCCAAGCGUGGACUAUAUCACUCUCACACGGGAACUCAUUCUAGCAGAAAUAAACAAGACCCGAGCUACUUCCAAGAACAACAGUGACUUCCAACUCGAGCAAACCAAUCCUCCAUUGAGAGACAAGGACAUAUUCGGCUAUGAAGUGUCACACACACCUCCCCAGAAGAAUAACCCCAACAGCUCUUCAUCUUCAUACCUACCAUACAAUCGCGCCCGUUCCCCAUCCCCACUAAUAAACCGCAUCCUCCCAACAUCAACUAUCUACACCUACAGCCACCAAGAAUCCAACCUCUCCCGUCGUCUCCACAGAUUCAGCCUGGAGCACACCUACCGCUGGCUAACAGAUCCCCGCAGCGAUCCCGCCCUGCUAAGCCGCGUCUUCGGACUCGUCCCCUGCAUCCACGACAUAGCAGGCAUACGACGAAGUUUCCGACGCAAGCUACAAUCCGAGAUCGGGAGCGGGCUGGAAUACACCAAGAUGGCGUUCUACACGCUCGGCGGGGCGGGAAAGCAUUUCCCCCGCGUAGACGGGGGACGGAAACCCCGUCGGGGUGGGAUCCAGGAUUGGGAUGAGGAUUGGAGUGGGGAGCGAGAGCCUGUUGCUGGCGGUUUGGAGGGAGGGGUGGAUGUCAUGCAGGUGGAGAUGGGUGAGGAGGAGAGGAUCCGUUCGCUGGAUCUUGAUGGGGAGUGGUUUGAUUGUCAUGAUGUGCAGGGGUAUUUGGAGCAUCGGGGUCUUGCGCUUGAGGGGUCGGCGGUGACACUUCGUGUUCCCGAGAGCUUGGUUGGGGCUUUGUAUGGAUUUUCGCCGGAUCGAUCGACUUUUUCUAGUCUCUAUACUUCAUCUGCUGGGACUACUCCUGUUGAGAAGACGGAGUCGGAAUCACCCACCCUAUCGCCGUAUACUCUGGAUGUUGAGUGUUUCUUUGACUUACUUCUCGCAAACCUCAGAAUUCUCGGCCGGGCGCCAGGCUUCCGAGUAUGGGAUGUGGAUGCCGCAUUGCGAUCAGCGAUCUCCCGUCGCCCUUUCGGCUAG